UGACAGUUGAGUGGUGUUGGUUUGAGUUGAGUGAAUCUUGGUGGAAGUGAUUUUAUAUUUUUUUAAGCAUCUUCAAACAGAAUCGAAAUGGAAUGCGUUCUAAGGGAAGGAGCUCUCCGUUUGUUGACAGCAGAAUCUUCUUGUGAUGUUAUCCUCAGCUGCCAAGGGCACAGGCUGAUGGCCCACAAACUCAUAUUGUCGAUGGCUAGUCCAGUUUUUAGGGCACUACUAGUUGACGACGGCUCAGAUCCAACAGUAGUAAUCCUACCAGAUAUUAACGGAAACAUAAUGUCGCUGGUACUAGAUUACAUUUAUACGGGUAGCGUGGUGGUCUACUCAAACACCAUCCACGAUUUCAUAGCGGUUGCUGGUCUUCUAAAAAUACACCUAGACUUAGAAUACCCAGACGGAGUAUCACCUCCUUGUAGCAACAUUUACAAAGAGACAAAGGCGAACAAAUGCCAGUUCGAUGAAGAUGUAGUUAGGAAAAAAGAAGAGGUGCCUUUUCAAGAGAAAGUAGAAAGUUUAGACGUGGUUUCUUCUAGCAAUCCAGAGGUGUACAGUAAGAAGAAUCAGAGGAAGUUGCCCAGUUUGGUACCCAUAAGCACGGUACAGGCUCAGAAUAAGUUGAGGUCCAACCAGAGGAAGUUGUACAGCUACGUCUUACCCAGUCCUUGGUGUCCUAGGGUGGAAAGGGUGUUUGGGGAUCCCAGGAAUGAUUGCUUGGAAACCCAGGUGAGUCAGGAGAUUUGUCCAAAAAUUUACGCUAAAAAUAUCGAGGGAAACGAUUCGAACAACAACUUCCAGAUUCAACCACCACAGCAAACACCUUCAAAUCUUAGGAUUCCAAAGAAAUUAAAUGACAUAGUAUCUUCCAUACACCAAAAAUCGAAAGAGGCUUUUCACAUUAGGGAAAAUGAUUCUAGAUUGGACGCUCUUUCAUUCGAUGCAUUCGGUGUAAGCAAUCUAAAAGCCUGCGACACGCUGAGGCAAGUAAUUUCCAAAAAAAUUGAAAACGUAUUCAACUUGACCACGACCAAAUUCCAAGAAGAUAAUCAACACAUUUCAGUUAAUAAAAGUAUACAACCGAAUGUAAAAAACAAUGCAAAUAAAGAUAUUGUCUUUAAUACAGUUAAAGAAACUGUAAUUAAUACAAAGAAGGAAGUUGUUGCUAAAGAUAAGACUCCAAAAUUUCUGCCAAGUGAUGUAAUUAGAGACAGUAAUUCCAAUCAUUCCACAAGCAAUGACGGAGAGAUUGACAAACAGUAUGAGGAAAACAAAACUGAAUCUAGUGACAGCAAAGAAAAGCCCUUCAAAUGUGAAGAUUGUGCUAAAUGCUUUAGUCAACUGAGGAAUUAUAAAUACCACAGGUCGGUGCACGAAGGAACCAAAGAAUUUGCAGCGAAGUGCCCAGAAUGCGGAAAGAUCUUCAACGACAAAGGCUACCUCAGCAGUCACAUGAAGAUACAUCGAGACAAGAAGGAGUACGCCUGUCCCCACUGUCCAAAGCGAUUCAAUCAAAGGGUGGCUUACAACAUGCACCUGAGGAUUCACACAGGUGUCAAACCUCACGAAUGUUCAAUAUGCGGCAAGAGCUUUUCGAGAAAGAUGCUGCUGAAACAACACCAGCGAGUCCACACCGGAGAACGACCUUACUCUUGUCCGGAGUGUGGAAAAACAUUUGCCGAUCGUUCUAACAUGAGUUUACACGCUAGAUUACACACAGGUGUAAAACCGUAUGGGUGCACCUUGUGUCCCAAAAGCUUCACCAAAAAACACCACCUAAAGACCCACAUGAACUUCCACACCGGCUUAAAGCCCUAUACUUGCGAGAAAUGCGGCCUGGCCUUUUCUCAAAGUAGUAACAUGAGGACGCAUUACAAAAAGUGUAUAUUAAAAAGCAGUUCGUCUGUCAACAGUCCAUCCGACAUGCAAAGGGACAGUUCAUGA